AUGGAUAUUCCAGGUUCCUCCGCUAUGGAUACGAUAUCAGUGGCAAUGACAUCUCUCCCAAAAUCAAUACCUGUAUUAAGCAAUAUUUAUAAACUUUCGACUGAUAUUCGAGAAACUGCUGAACGAGUUGAAGUCAAUAAACAACAAUGUGGACAAUUGAGUGAACGUAUUGAUAUAUUGAUCGGAUUUUUGGCACAAAGAGAUCUAUCCGAUUGUUUGAAUGAAGCGAUGCAUAGGGCACUUCAUCGUUUCGAAACAUUUCUACGUCAAUGUCUUGACUUUAUCAGUACUUUUAUUGAAGCCAGCUGGUUUAAACGUAUCGUGAAUAACAAAGACUAUGAGAAAAAAUUUCUAGAUUUGAAUCGUGAACUAACUCAAUAUUCGAACGAUCUCAAUUUCGGUAUUGGAUUGAGUAAUAUACAGAAGAAUAAAGAGCAAAAUAAUAAUGCUCGAGCUGACAUCGAAUCGGAUGAAUCUGAUAAAUUUGAGAACAACUUUCCACAGCGGAAAACAUUCGAGAUGGCCGAUGAUGAUCAACACAUUGGGAUAACAAGCUGGGAAACUUCACGUAAAACAAACAACGUUCCUCACAUGAGUGCUGCAAGAACUGCCCUAAACUUUCAACAAGCACAAGAAAAUAUUUUUGUAUCUGGUUUAUGGAAGUAUCAAUAUUAUCAAUAUAAUCAAUGGCAUGGACCCUUUCAACAUCAAAUUGUCUUUAAUCCAAUGACUAGAACACUAAACGGUUACGGACAAGAUAAUGUUGGUCAAUAUGUAUUAAACGGAUCAUUCUCAGAAGUAACUGGAAAAAUUGAGAUGACACAACGUUAUCAAAUCGGUACAGGAAAUCCGAAUUUAAAUUUGGGCCAUCAAGAUAUGAUUCAACUUAGUUGGGACGCAUCAAGAAAAGUAUUCAAAGGCAUAGCAUAUUCACAAGCUGGAGGAUGUUAUAUACCAGGGGCGCUUAUCGAAAUGUCACUUGCCUAA